GCCCACGCUGCUCCGGGUGUCCCGGGACCUUAGGGUUCAGGAGGGGUGAGUCAGAAUUCAGCCGAAUUUACCAUGGGGGCUACCGAUCACCCCAACGGCCAUUCCCCAUGAUUGAUGAGGGUGAGGAAGUCACCGAGGAGACCUUGAAUUCUGACAUUCAGAAACUGAAGGAGAAGCAGGACAUGCUGGACAAGGAGAUCUCCCAGCUAAUAGCAGAGGGCUACCGUGUGAUUGAGUUCUAUGAAUACAACAACAUCAAGAACACGUCGCAGAUGCUGCCGGGCAAACCGACUGUGACUCGAGGUGUUACCACCAAGGAGUCAUAUCUGGAUUUUGAUCUAAACCCAAAUGACUGAGCAGCUCCUCGGAGAUCUCUAUCUGCAGUCCACAGGGACAGGAGGAUGGAGGCAUAAGAGGCAGAGAGCCCAGACAGUAUUUUCGUAUGGUUUCCAGAUUUAAAAAAAUGCUAAAAGCCCUCCAGAGUUUGGAGUGGGUCCUAGAGAAGAGGGGUCUUGGGAGGUGUGGGUAUUGUCAGUGCUAAGGUUUCUAAACAUUCUUGUGAGUGGAUGUGUGGUUGUCCCUUUUGUUAAUAAACCUAUGAGCAACAAAAAAAAAAAAAAAGAAAAGAAAAGAAAGAAA